AUUGAGUUGGUCUGUGGUAAGGUUUUGCAAAUGGAGGUUGCGGAAAAUCUUUGAAAGACAAUAGGAAUCCCUUGAAAAAGAGGUUCUUCAUCUCAGUGGGUUAUCUUCUGGCAAGUAAGUAAAUAAAUAAACAAAACGAAAUAAUCGCGUAGAAUGCAGAUCGGAAGAAAACUUGAUGAACUUGUUCCCAUCGGCUUUGGUGUUAUGAAAUGACUUGGAAUAUGUCUUCUCAGGUACAUGUACACCAUGUCGGAUUCUCUGUAUGAGAAGUUUCUGGCCCCAGAGGAGCCUUUCCCCCUCCUCUCCCAGAGAGCCAACCUCAGCGAUGUGGGGACCCUGGACGUCAGUGAUUUCAGCUGUCAGCUCUCAUCCUGCCAUAGGACGGACCCCCUACGCCGCUUCCACGGCAACAGGUGGAACCUCACUUCCUGUGGCACUAGUGUGGCUAGCUCCGAAUGCAGCGAAGAGCUCUUCUCUUCGGUGUCUGUGGGUGAACAGGACGACUGCUACUCCCUGCUGGAUGAUCAGGAGCUGACGUCCCUGGACCUGUUUCCAGAGGGCAGUGUUUGCAGUGAUGUUUCCUCCUCCAUCAGCACGUACUGGGACUGGUCUGAUAGCGAGUUUGAGUGGCAGUUGCCAGGAAGCGACAUCACUAGCAACAGUGACGUUCUGUCCGACAUCAUUCCGAGUGUCCCGAAUUCACCUUGUUUGGUUCCCAAGAGGAAGCCGAAACCCCACCCUCACCGCAACCUGGAUGAGCUGCCAUGGAGUGCCAUGACCAAUGAUGAACAAGUGGAAUACAUCGAGUACUUGAGUCGUAAGGUCAGCACGGAAAUGGGCCUGCGAGAGCAACUGGACAUCAUAAAGAUCAUCGAUCCCUGUGCUCAAAUCUCCCCCACGGACAGCGAGUUCAUCAUCGAGCUCAACUGUCUCACUGAUGAGAAACUCAAGCAGGUACGCAACUACAUCAGAGAACAUGGCCCGAGGCAGAGGGCCAGCAGCACCAGAGAGGGUUGGAAGAGGAGCAGCCACAGCAGCGCCAGCACAGGUGGCGUCAGCGGGGUCAGCAGCAGCAACGCCAGCAUGGUCAGCUCCGCCAGCUCCUCUACCAGCUCCACGGCCUCCAACUCUGUCGCAGGUGGAACAGCUUCAGCCUGCAGUGGCAGCAGCAUUGCUAACAUUAGCAGAGCUCACAGUGACGGCAAUCUUUCCAGCGCUGCAGAACGCAUCAGAGAUUCUAAAAAACGUUCGAAGCAGCGCAAGCUCCAGCAAAAAGCCCUGCGCAAGCGUCAGCUGAAGGAGCAACGGCAGGCCCGCAAGGAGCAUCUGAGCGGCCUGUUCCUUAACGAGGAGGUGCUGUCGCUGCGGGUGACCGAGGAGGACGACCGCGGCGACGACCUGGACGUACUCAUGUGACACCAGUGAAUGAAUCAGUGCUCCCUCUAACGCCCGUAGAGCUUGGCAUGCUUAGUUUAGUGUUGGCUAACACAACCGUUUGGCUUUGCUGUUACUAAGAGCUUCUAGUAGCUCAUGCUAAACGUGACCACUUAUACAGUUAAGGUUUGACUAACCUACUCACAAAAAAGUUAGGGAUUUUGGGCUGUUUGGGGAAGUAUCAGGAUGAAGCUAAAAUGCAGGUGACAUUAAUUUGAGUCAAUUCUGAAUGCACGUGGUUUUAACUGUUCAGUUUUCCAGUUCUUUUUGCAAAACUUGUUCUCCCCAAAAAGAGCUGAACAGGAAAAAUCACAAGAGCUGUUUGAUCCAUGAACAUUUUCAACGAUGUCCAUUUCUGCGAUUCCUCUCGUCUUUUAUCUCCUUUGCAACCUGCUGAUGACACGCUUGACGCUCUGCUCAGUGGCCAACAUCCUCCGCCCAACAGUUGAUCAACAAAUGUGGGCACUGAGCUUAGUUUUCAGUGUCACCAGGAGGUUGCAAUAGAGACUGGAAGAGUCACCGAAAGGCAGCUGUGGCAUUCAGCUCCUUGUUAGAGAACAGCAAGUUGUGUAAGAAACACUGAAACAUUGAACAAGUGGAUUCAAAUGUUUAGAGGUCAAAUUAAGUUCACCCACAAAGUUAUAGUGCAUUUUGGGUUCAUCCUGAGAAUGUCACCUGAAAGCCCAAUAUCCCAACAUUUUUGUGAGUAAUGUACGAGAGGCAGUCCAAAAGUAACGGGCCCAAUUUAAUUUAACUGACUAAUGAUUGCAUUUGUUUGCAAUUCACUAUAUUCACUGUUUGGAGUUUCAAUACUUGUUUAAAAAAAAUAAUAAUAAUAAUAAAGCUUUGUUUAAGCCUAUCCUCUUCCUGUCAGCCUUUUUGGAAAUGACAUCAUUGGAUGGUAGUCAGAAGCAGAGAGGUGUGAUUGAAUUUCUUGCUUUGGAUGGGGAACCACCAUUAAACAUUUUCAGAAGGUUGGAAAAUGUGAAUGGGGUUAUGGUUAUGUCAUGAAUGAUGACGCAUGAUGGUGAUGUCAUCAAUGGUGACUGUACGAUCUUCUCUGAUCAGUGCCUCAAGAUAGCACAAGUCCAAGGAUUAACCACUGCUCUUCCUCUGCUUGUCAUAGGGGUCACUCAAAGCAGGCUCUUGUUCUUCACCUUUGAUCCCGGACCCCACUUUUGUAUUUUGCUGCAGCCUAUUGCAGCUUCCCCAUAUACAAAACUCAAUGAUUGGUAGGCUAAAUUAAACUGGACUCAUUGCUUGUUGACUACCCCUCAUAUAUUUAAACUUGGCCGCUGUAAUAGGCUAGAAGCUUGGAUAUUGUAGAAACAAAAUUUAGCUGCGCUAAGCUCACUCACCGCUCCCUGAAACGCCAGGUCGAAAGUGUGAAGCGGACCAAGCUGAGCUUUGCUGUCGGUCUAAUUUGUAGUUCCAUUCUGCUGUUAAGGCUUAGAGGGAGCAUUGAACCACAUGCAUGUUGAAGCCCGCGCCGCCUCUGUAUGAUUCAGUAACCUUCAGCAUUGUUCCUUUUCCAGUCCAUCCAUUAACCAAAUAAAUGUAUGUGUUGUAAAUAAUUGCAUAUUUACUGCUUGUUUUCAUCUUAGCCCCAGCGAUAAUGGUUUAAUUAAAUGGGGUUUUCCCCUCUCUGUGUAAAAGUAGUGAUGCCAUUCAAAUUUAGUGGUAUUUUUCUUCAUAUUUAGAGUGGAUAGUUUUGUUGGUUUAAGCAUUUUUUUCACCCCCUGAUAGCACUCCGAAUGUAACUCUGCCACGCACAGAUGAAUGAAUGAAUGAAUGAAUCGACGGUCUUAUUGGAAGUCUUAUCACAGAGUGUGUUCAUGUACCGUACUGUGCACGGCUACCACGGUUUCUGAAUUCUCACGUCAAGCUAAUAACUCCUUGAAUUGAUAUACAAGGUUUGAUGGCUUUGUAAGUCAUAACCUUUUGGUUCGCUCCAUCUCUUGACAGCCUUGACACGUCAUCAUAUACUCUUAACUUUGGCUCUCCUGAAUUGAUUUUUAAUUGCAGCAAUUCUUCUUUUCAAAGCAGUUCUAUGUAUUCUGUAGUGUUUAAGUAGUAAAAUUCUAUUUUGGGAAGCAAAAAGAUAAUUUUGAAAAGAAAAAAGUCACAGUGUGAUGCAAUGAAAAUGUGUAAAUAAUGUUUUGCUGAUUAUGACAUUAAAAUGAUUGAUGAAAAUGU